CAUUCAUUCCACAGAUAAAUUAGUCUAUAUUGAUCGGUUUCUUGUGUCUCCUUGUGUUUGUAGACGACACACACACAGACCUUCAUCUCCAGCGCCCAGCUGUGUGUCUAUGAAGAGUGAUCAUUCCAUGCCUGAACCUCUUAACUUCAGCAGUGAACCAGUUCCAUCAGGUCUAAAACGACACACACACAGACCUCCAUCUCCAGCGCCCAGCUGUGUGUCUAUGAAGAGUGACCAUUCCAUGCCUGAACCUCUUAACUUCAGCAGUGAACCAGUUCCAGCAGGUCUAAAUGAAUUGAGGUCUGAUCUGACCCUGGAUGAACACACAGACAUGGUAGAAAGCAGCAGACACCUGCACACUGAACACACACCAGACAGAAGGCGCAAACCAGCUGAUGAUGUCCUGAGGAGAGUUAUAGAGAAGCAUAAAGCGAGUCUGAAGAAGAGGUUUGAGAACAUAUCUGAAGGUAUCAUCAAACCAGGAGCUGAGACACCCCUCAAUAAGAUCUACACAGAGCUCUACAUCACAGAGGGAGAGAGUGAAGGGGUGAAUAAGGAACAUGAGGUGUGGCAGGUAGAGUCAGCAUCCAGAGCACAAACCACAGAAGACACACCAAUCAACUGCAAUGACAUCUUCAAGCCCUUACCUGGACAGGAGAAGCACAUCAGAACUGUGAUGACCAAAGGGGUUGCUGGCAUUGGAAAAACGGUCUCAGUGCAGAAGUUCAUUCUUGAUUGGAUAAAUGGGGUAGCCAAUCAGAAUGUAGACUUUAUGUUUCCUCUUCCUUUUCGUGAGCUGAAUUUAGUGAGGGAUGAUCAGUAUAGUCUUCACAAGCUCCUGCUUGACUUCCACCCUGAGCUGGAGGAGCUGAAGAAUGGUGAAGCAUACAGAGACUGUCAGGUUGUGUUCAUCUUUGAUGGUUUGGAUGAGAGUCGAUUACCUCUGAAUUUCCAACAGAACAUGAUAUCUGAUUUCAAACAAACAUCAUCAGUGGAUGUUCUGAUGACGAGCCUCAUUCAGGGGAGUCUGCUUCCCACUGCACUCAUCUGGAUAACCUCACGACCAGCAGCAACCAGUCACAUUCCUGCUCAGUGCAUCCAUCAGAUAACAGAAGUACGAGGGUUCAAUGAACCACAGAAGGAAGAGUACUUCAGGAAGAGAAUCAGUGAUAAGAGUCAGGCCAACAGAAUCAUCUCACACAUUAAGGCUUCCAGGAGUCUCCACAUCAUGUGCCACAUUCCAGUCUUCUGUUGGAUUGCAGCCACAGUACUUCAGCAGAUGCUGGACAACACUCAAGACAUUCCCAAAACUCUGACUGAGAUGUUCAUACGCUUCUUGCUCGUCCAGACCAGAAGGAAGGAUCAGAAGUAUCAGAGUGGAACUGAGAAAGAUCAAGAGAAACUUCUAAAAUCUCAGAAAGAGAUUUUACUGAAGCUUGGAGAACUGGCUUUCAAGAAUCUAGAGAAUGGCAAUCUGAUGUUUUAUGAGGAAGAUCUGAGAAAGUGUGGCAUUGAUGUCAGUGAAGCCUCAGUGUACUCUGGCAUGUGCACUGAAAUCUUCAAGGAAGAAUCUGUGUUUCACCAGAGGAAGGUCUACUGCUUUGUGCAUCUAAGCAUCCAGGAGUUUCUGGCAGCUGUGUUUGUGUUUCACUCUUAUGUGACCAAGAACUUCAAGGUACUGAAAUCCCUCCUCAAUGAAGAACAUAGAGAUGAACAUAAUCAAUCAGCUGUUGCAUAUCUUCAAUCAACACUUGGAUUAAAAUAUCAAAAUGAUCUACAUAUGCUACUUAAGAGUGUAAUAGAUGAGGCUUUGAAGAGCAGGAAUGGACACCUGGAUCUUUUCCUUCGAUUCCUUAUGGGCAUCUCUCUGGAGAGCAAUCAAAGACUUUUGAAAGGUCUACUGAACCGCAAACACAGCACCUCAAAGAGCAUCGAUGAAACAUGUCAAUACAUUAAGGAGCUCAACAGGGAAGAUCUCUCUCCGGAACGAUGCAUCAAUCUUUUCCAUUGCUUAUUAGAAAUGAAUGAUCAUUCUAUGCACAAAGAAAUAAAAAAAUAUCUGGAGUCACCAAAGAACUUCAAAGAGAAAUUGUCCCCUGCUCAUUGUUCAGCACUGGCCCACAUGCUUAUGAUGUCUGCGGAGGUGCUGGAUGAGUUUGACCUGAAGAAAUAUAACACAUCAGAUGAGGGACGCAGGAGACUGCUGCCUGCUGUGAGAUGCUACCGAAAGGCACGGUGA